ACAUGUAGCUCCUCGUUUCAUAUUGUGAGCAGCAACUUUGACGACCGCACCCCCAAUGGCAGCUUAAGACAAACAAGACAAACAAAUCGGAGCUCCAGGUGACUGAAACAGUUAAAGGAAUUUAACCAGGGCAAACCGUGCGUAAAAGGCGCAGCGGAACUUUUGCUGCGGGGUCCAUUCUCUUUUUCAUUUCUAACACAGUUUGGGAUUUUCAUCUGUGCUGGACUGAUUGCAUUAUGUUAAAAAUGACAGAGGAGCACGAAAAGUCUCUCAACGACCAGCCGUGCAGUCCAUCAGGGACAAACAGCUCCAUGUCUCAGGACGAGUCCGACUCCGACGCGCCGUCCUCGCCUACGGGCUCCGACGGUCACGGAUCCCUGCUCAGCGGUUUGGGAAAGAAGCUGGACUCCGAGGACGAUGAGCGCUUCCCAGCCUGCAUACGGGACGCGGUCUCGCAGGUCCUUAAGGGAUACGAUUGGUCCCUGGUCCCGAUGCCAGUACGAGGGAACGGAUCUCUGAAGAACAAACCGCACGUCAAGAGACCCAUGAAUGCGUUCAUGGUGUGGGCACAGGCGGCCCGCAGGAAGCUGGCUGAUCAGUACCCACAUCUGCACAAUGCUGAGCUGAGCAAGACACUGGGAAAACUCUGGCGCCUGCUUUCUGAAAGUGAGAAGAGGCCCUUCGUAGAUGAAGCAGAGCGACUGAGGGUUCAGCACAAAAAAGAUCAUCCAGACUAUAAGUACCAGCCACGGCGACGGAAGAAUGUGAAACCAGGGCAGAGCGACUCAGAUUCAGGGGCAGAGUUGGCACAUCACAUGUACAAAGCUGAGCCAGGGAUGGGGGGGCUGGCAGGAAUGCCUGAUGGACACCACCACCCUGAACAUGCAGGGCAGCCUCAUGGACCACCUACACCACCCACCACCCCCAAAACAGAGCUCCACCAUGGAGUUAAGCAGGACCUGAAGCAUGAAGGCCGCCGCCUUGCCGACAGCAGCAGGCAGAAUAUUGACUUCAGCAAUGUGGACAUCAACGAGCUGAGCACUGAUGUCAUCAGCAACAUGGAGACCUUUGAUGUUCAUGAGUUUGACCAGUACCUCCCGCUGAAUGGCCCCGCGUCGGGCUCCGCUGCCUUAUCCUCAGAUCACAGUCAUGGGCCGGUUCCAGUCCCCGGCAGCUCCUACGCUUCCUCGUACGGCAGUGGUAUUUCAUCCUGGAGCCGAAAGUGCGGCAUGUCCUCCACUUCUCCCCCCGCCGGCGAGGUCGGCCAGCACCGCCUCCACAUAAAAACAGAGCAGCUGAGCCCCAGCCACUACAGUGAGCACUCCCAUGGGUCGCCGUCGCACUCUGAUUACAGCUCCUACAGCAGCCAAGCCUGCGUCACCUCGGCCACUUCAGCCGCCUCGGGUGCUGCGUCUUUCUCCAGCUCCCAGUGUGACUAUACCGACCUGCAGAGCUCUAACUAUUACAGUCCUUACUCUGGCUACCCCUCCAGCCUCUAUCAGUACCCCUACUUCCACUCAUCUAGGCGGCCCUACAGCAGCCCGAUCCUGAAUAGUCUAUCCAUGGCUCCGGCCCACAGUCCCACUGCCCCCAGUUGGGACCAGCCCGUCUACACCACUCUGUCUCGACCUUAAAGGGGACCAGAAACGGUCUGUUUGCACCAGAGACUCAUUCAGUUUGAUGCACUACUAAUGAAGGACAUAAGGCAAAGGCGAAGAGCUGUAUGAAGGGGCCUGUAGGGCCACCUCCGACCGUGUGAACGUGAAACAAACAAAAGAAAAAGUGCCUGCUGAUUUUAUACAAAGUUCUAUUGUUGAGAUGAAAAAAGAAACAAACAAAAAAAAAAUCAAACAAACACACUUGUACAGAGUUUUUACACAAAGAGAACUUGCGUGUGUCAUUAGAGAGCCAAACUCCUCCGUGAGGACACGUUACUUAAGCUGACAUCUUGUACAUCUCUGUCCUUUUUCAGUUUCAAGUUGCAAAAGUGCACUGUUAAGGUGAAGGUGCAGACUGGCUGCAGAGUUCUGCAGCAGAAUUCUGCAGCAAUUAAAAAGUUUGGCUAACAGUGCGCAGAGGACCAGAUAUGUUGAAGCUGCAGUAAAAUUUACAUGAAUGGCUGAAGCUACAUAUCGCAGCACACUAUUUGCAUCAGUGAUUCAGCCUGAAAGGAAAAAAAAGGCUCAUCGGAAUUUUGUGUCAUUUUUGCAUAAAAAGUCUUAUAUGUAUUUAUGUUGAUGCAUUAUUGGAUUUUUGUUUUUGAAUAGGUAAACACAUGCUACAUGUGGGUUCUUUUUUUUUUGUUAUUUAGCGUACAGUUUUACUGACUUGAUGAAAAGGAGGUAAAUGAAGUAAAGCACCGUCCAUUUGAUAUUCCGUUGAAUUUCCAGAAGGAUCUCCAUUCCGAGUUUGGGAGCAAACAGACAGGACCAACAGACUCUGGCGCAAGACUCAGAACAGGUGUCUGAAAUCUACGCUUGGCAAAUCGCGAUUAGUCAUGUUGUGGGCUUAAAGGAAAUGGGGUAAAACAACACCACACGCUGAGUGACACGUCAGCUGGACCUCCUGUACAUGUCCCUGGGCAACGCGAGGAUACGUGAGCAAACAUGCAUCCGUGUGUUGGGAGAGAUAAUGUGCAGAUGAAUGUGUGAGUUCAUUUUCUUAGGGGACUGAAUACGUAUCCCAUGACAUAAUCAUAAUACACACCAAAUGAGACAGAAAACAUCUUUUCUUUUCUUUUUACUUUACUGAAAGUGAUGUUAAGCGUGACUGUUUUUAAAAUAUUUAUUUUAUAAACCAUUGAAAGCCGUCUCACUGCUGCAUAAAAAUGUGUUUGUGCCUUCUAAUGCUAAUUGUCAGUAUUUUGGAAUUAAAUUGAAUUUUUAACUAACAAACCAUCCACUCAAGAGACUCGCUUUUAAUCUCCGUCCUUAAUUUGAUAUAAUUCCCUAAGGCAUCAGUUUGCAGAAUUAAAAUAGAGCAGAACUGCAUUUUUUUGUAUAUCAUUUUGGUGUAUGAUUUUGAAAAAAAAAAAAAGGCUGUGAAAAGGAUUGUUCUAUUAACAAGUUUCACACACACAUGCACAUCUAACCCUUCCGCUGGCCGUUUUUUUUUUUUCAAAAAAAUAAAUAAUACUUUUUCUCGAUGUUUGUUUUCGAUCUUCUUCUUUUCAUCUACAACUCAUCUUAUUCCAUCUUGGUACUUAUUUUGUGCUCAAAUACAUUUGGAAGCGAUUGUGAAAAACUAUAAUAAUAGAAGAAAUAAUUUAAUUGUGGGUUUCCCUUUGUGCUGGUUGGUUCGUAUUCAUUUCUAUGUAUAACUUUGAAAUUAGUGAGACUUUACACAAAACGGAUUUAUUAAAAAGAUUUGCUGGUGUUUUUUCCUCAGGAAAUUCAGAAAAAAAACAAGAAUCCUAUGAAUAACUAUAUUAAUUUUUCGUUCUUUUCUCUUAAUCUUUAGAUAUCUUAUUACUGGCAUUCUGCAAAAGCAUAGCAACAUAUCUAUCAAAGCUGUCAACUUUAGAUUUAUUCAUUAAACAACCAGCAUAAAAGGAAUGAGAAGAGAUCCUGUCUCCUUUGGUCCAGAGUUGGCUCUGGCCUGGCAUGCCAAGCCACCGUCCCUAACCAGUCCAAGGGCGAUGCCAAGUGCCAGGGCCGCGCUGCUGAAUUUUAAUGAUCCAUUAUGCUGUGGAUGGGGCCCUAUUGUGUCCCUUUAUCCGGAGAGCUAGAAAGGAAUUAAUUGGACAGAAAAUGGAAAGGCAAGGGGAACUGACAAGCCGUUAAGAGGGUCCUGAAUGGAUGAUUAGAUGCACUAGGAGGAGAAUAUCCCCUCCCCCCCCUCAUAUUGCAGCACUCCACAAACAAACAAAAAAAAAAAAAAAAAAACAACAAUAAGAACAACCGCAAUGACCACCGGACUAAAUAGCUGAAAUAAUAUCAGCGCACAUAAUCUGAAGAUAAUAAAAGAAGAUAAUACCACAGCAGAUGGGAUGUGGGUGGCUCAAGAACGACUUGUUGUUUUUCUUCCCUCAAACUCUUUUUUUUUCACAAGUGUUUG